AUGGGCGCAGAAGAUGGAACGGUUUGGCAAUAUGGCUUGCCGGACGGGCAAAUGGACAAGAUGCUUGUCCGAUGCUCGUUGCCCGUGCGGGAUCUGGCAAUUUCGAAAGACAAGGACUGGAUAGCCGUUGCUAGCGACGACCUUACCGUCAAAAUUGUCAAUAUAGAAGACAUGAGCCAUGUUAAAUACUUGCGAGACCAGACGAAGGGGGUUAAGCACGUUACGUUCGAUCCCAGCGGGAGAUAUGUUACCGCUUCCUGCUCGGAUGGAGUUAUCUACGUUUAUUCUUUUAUUGAAACGGAACCUACGCUGGUUAAAAAGAUCGAUGGUGUGAUUCAGAGGCUUGAGACUGAGGAUGAAGGCACUUCACAGGCUGCAUGGCACCCCGAUGGGACCGCUUUUGCAGCUGUGGGAGCUACCAAGGACAUCGUCGUGGUGUCUAGCAGAGAUUGGACGACGCAGAAGAAGUUUGCCAACGGCCACACUGCAGACAUCACGGCCCUUGCUUGGUCUCCGAAUGGCGCGCUGCUAGCGAGUGCCGGUGCAGAUGGGUAUAUUGUCCUCUGGGAAACUCGCACUCAGAACAUUCUUCGGAAAUACGAGUUUUCAAACGUUAUCAAUCUUGCAUGGCAUCCUGUGGAUAAUGAACUGUCAUUUACUACGUCAGAUGGGGAGCUCUACAUUUAUGCAAAUUUUGUACCGUCAGAAUAUCAACGGCUCCUCGAGAAGAUUUUGGAAGUUGCCCCUUUGCUUUCUACUGGCGUUGACGUUACAACCACGCUUCCGAACAGAAUAAUUUCGAAUGGGACAAAUGGAGCACACAGCGGGAGGCAGAUUAGGCAAGGCACUCCUGAUUCUCUGGACGACAUCCUUGGUCCUAUGGAUGAAGAUGACGAUUUUGUGGAGGACGACGACGGCGCUGGUUAUACCGAAGGAGUUAACGCUUAUGGCAAGCGUACAAAUGACCAUUUGGCGAAUCCAUAUGGCCAUGAUGGUAAGAGAAGAAUCGGGGCAUCGUGGCGGCCACAUAAGCAAGAGGCCUUUCAGCCAGGGAGCACGCCGUGGCGUGGUGGCAGGAGAUAUCUUUGUCUUAAUCUCGUCGGAUUUGUAUGGAGCGUGAACCAAGAAACCCACAACACGGUCACCGUUGAGUUUUAUGACCGAGAACAAUAUCGCGAUUUCCACUUUACCGACCCAUUUUUAUAUGAUAAGGCCUGUUUAAAUGAAAAAGGGACCCUGUUCGCUUGCCAGCCUCUCGACAAGAAUCCCGCCGUGAUCUUCUAUCGGCCACAUGAGAUGUGGACCACAAGGGCCGAUUGGAGGACAGAGCUCCCUGAAGGCGAGCACAUCACAGGCGGUGAUGGGAUCACAAAAUUGACAUAUUCGAUAGAAAAUGUGCGAAAGGAUCAGAUCUGCCAGAAUGAAGAUACGGUUGCCUUGACGGAAGGGCUGGAACUUCGCAGCGUUUUCUUCUCGGACCAAGGGGAUCCAUGUAUUUAUGAUUCAUCUGGAGUGUUGUUGGUCUUGCAACAUUGGCGCAAACCAGGCCAGGCUAGAUGGGUGCCACUCCUGGAUACUAAACAACUUGACCGCGUUGCGUCUGGUAAGAAACAAGAAACUUAUUGGCCCGUUGCAGUGGCCGAUGAUGCUUUCCACUGCAUCAUCUUGAAAGGAGGGGACCGAUACCCGUACUUCCCUCGGCCACUGCUCACACAAUUCGAGUUUAACAUACCCAUUUCAUCAACGCGCAAGGCGCCUGCGAACGAUGAAGACGGCGACGCUGAUAUGGACGGAUCCACGGGCCGAGAUGCCAGCCGCAAACUUCAAGAAUCAUACGUCAGAACAAGCCUCGAAUCCAGCCUGUUGGAAGACUGUAUCGAGGCUGAAGAAGCCACGUCGCUGCAAAGCACAGAACAAAGAAGGAAGGAUAUUGAAGUUGAUAAGAUCAUCCUGCAGAUGCUGGCGGUCGAAUGCCGGGAAGGGGAGGAGAAAGGCAUGAAAGCUUAUGAGCUUGUUACUCUGCUAGGGGAUCGGACAGGGAAGAUGUUGGAGGCUGCGAGUAAGAUUGCACAGAGAUAUGAUCGAUCCAUCCUGGACGAACGGAUCAGGAAGCUGGCUGAGAAACGGCUUAUGGGCGAGGAUGACAAUGACGAUCUUGCAUGA